ACGGGAUAUGACGCUUUAAUGUGCAAUGACGAAACUACCCUUGGUCCCUUGAGCCUUUCAAAUCACCCCAUAAACCUGAACACUGAAACCCUAGGGCUAGGGUUUAAUUACUCUCGCGAUUCCCUCCAUAAAGCGAGCAUCUUGUUCACUAGCUUUGGGAUUUUAUAAUUAUUGGAAUACCCUGCCAUUCUCAACCUUUAUUUAUCGAGAUUCGUUUUGGUGGAUUUUUGUUUGAUCCAUCGCUCUUUCUUGUUACUGUUCGGACUUCAACGUCCUCUAAGCGUUCAAAUCCAUGGUCAUCAGCCUCCAUGGACCCGGUGCACCCAACUACGCCUCCAGUUGAUCAUGAAGAAGAUGAGUGGGACACUGAUGGAUUUGUGAUUCCAAGUUUGGGAAUUGGAAACCCAGAUGAAAGCAGACCUGCUCCUGUCAUAGAAUCCUCUAAUUCUCCUGCACAGCCUAAGAAGGAAGAGAACAUCUAUCUGGGACCUCACGGAGCACCUCCAUCUCACUCAAAACAGCAAGAGCUAAACUCGAUGAGCCGAAAGCAUCGAUUGAAGCAGAAAUUGAAAGAAGCUGAUAAGAAGACUAGUAGUGGAGCAGGCAGGGAGAAUAAGAUAGAUAAUCUGAGAGAGCUUGUUGGUGGUGGUGGUAGAGAAAGUAGGAGUAUGUCAAAGGGGUCCCAAAAGGACUGGUUAGAUCCACAUUGCCAUGAAUCUCAGUUCGAGAGGAGGUGACAUGAUGAUGUAAUUGGAGGUAUUAUCUAUCUGUUAAUUGCCCUUUUUUACUUCUUGGUAGAGUAUGAUGAUGCAUUUCUGGCUGAAGUUUCGAAAGUCGUGUAUCUUGACAAUAAUUUCACCACUUGACCUUUUAGUGUACGACAUGAAGGUCUUGGUUUUUCUGAUAAUUCUUGUAGAGUUUGAUGAUGCAACUCCUGCGAGGAUUUCAAAAGUGAUGUAUCUUGGCAAUAGUGUUAAAGGGCUUGGUAGGGGUCAAGAUAUUUGCACGCAACUUUUCUGAGUGAAAGAAUGAUAUGCUUACUUUUUUGACA